AUGUCUAAACCUAGCAUCGAGUGCCAGUAUUUCGAGCAUGUGCCUGAGCACAGCGUAGCGGCAUGCAGAGAGUGCAGAUAUGCAGUAUGGCCAGAUCAGAUUGAGGGCCAUCUACAGAAGCAGCAUAAGGUUAGUUACAAGGAGGCUGAGGCAGUUGGACAGCAGGUUCGCAGCUGGGCUGGGUUAGUCCAGUACCCUAGUGAGCUCGAGGUGCCGACUGGUGCUCCAAAGCCUGUGCGGCAAUUGCCAGUGUAUACAGACGGGAUGUUAUGCCAAUUUGACUCCAGCUGCUGCUAUUAUGUAGCAAGAAGUAAGGAGGCUAUACGAAAGCAUUGGCGUAAGGACCAUCAAGGAUGGUCAGCAGGGAAGAAGCGAGGGCGGCCAAGUCGAACCAGGCAGAAGAGCGUGCAGGCACAUAUGGAUAAGGGGUACCGGCUGGUCCAUUGCCAGCGAUUAUUCAGCAGCCGGCAUGGAUCGCAGUACUUUGAGGUCCAGGCACCCAGCCAGGAUGGAGAAGGCCCCGAAAUCGUGCCCGUAGACGGGGCAGCAGCAUGGGCGCGAGUGGGCGAGCAGAUGGCCAAGGCGUGGGCAGACAUCGAGAAGCGGGCGCAGACGACGAUCCAGGAGGGCGAGCGCGACGAGGUGAACCCAUGGCUGGAGCGGACGCAGUGGUUGCCGUACCUAGUGGGCAUGGAGAGGCCGGAUUUGUUAGCGUGCAUCGAGGAGCCCGUGGCAGAGCCAGAUGCCAGGCAGGAGCAGCAGGCCGAGCCGGUGGAAGCAGCGAUUUGGGCAGCCAUGGAUGGAUUGGCGCGGUUCAGCCAGGCAUCCAUUAUUGACCGGAUUGGCGUGUUUAUACGGUUGGAGGCAAUUCGCACAGAGAUGCACCAAACCCGGUUCCAGCCGUUACAGCCGUAUAUGGACAAGAACGCCAUUGUCAAGCACACACGACCGUGGCAGCAGAUGUUAAUGUUUUUUGCACGCACACAGAAAGAGCACGGGUGGAAGAGCCCCAAGUAUCGGUUUACGCGCCGGCAGCGAGAGGCAUGGGAGGUGUUAAUCGAACAGGCAAAGCGGAGCAUAGAGGGAGACGAAGAAGAUGAAGCCGAGGAUAUGGACGAAGAGAGAGAAGAGCUGGACGAGGAGAUGAUGGACGACAUAGACGAGGCGAUAGAGGUAGCUGAGGAAGAGCCAGGUCAGGGAGAAGGCCCCGAGCCUAAGAAGUUGUCUAAGAUACAGAAAGCGUGUUUGGAGUUUUGCAUUGCAUUACUUAACCACCGCAUCACCCGUAGAGAGUAUGACAGCCCGCUGGUGUGCGCGUUGGCGGUGCUGGGCGUCAAGGAGGACGGAUGGAAGGGGCCGGAGCAGUACCCGCCGAUAUUAUCGGCGGUGAUCAAGAUCGCUCGGUUUAUGGUCGUGCAGAAGGGACUAGAAAUGUCAGGGCCCGAGGAGGAUAGCGGCGAUGAGACAGACGACGACUUAGAUGACAGCGCGUACGAGAGCGGGCCAAGCCAGCGACGGCGUCCCAAGGGGUGUUUGCAGUUAGUGCAGAAGAUGAUGGACCGGUUCAUGGUGCGCGGCAGCCAUAGCCCCAUGCAGUGGAUGUUGGAUUUGCGGACGUAUGGAUUGAAGAUCCAUUACAACACUACAACCCGCGGGCAUGUAGAGUGGACGAACGGCGACGAGCAGACUCCGCAACAAUCAAUCGGAUCGGCAUGA